GUAGAUAAACACCAACAAUCGUGAUGGCAUCGUCGUUCGCGGUACGACAUCCUUUCUUCAAGAAAAAAGAACCAAGUGCGGAGAACUACACUUGCCAGAAAUGCCUACAGAAAGGCCAUUUUACAUAUGAGUGCACGGGGAAACGCAAAUAUGUAUACAGACCUUCACGAACCAAGCAGUUGGCCAAGCGAAUGAAAAUGGAAGAGGAAAAACAGAAAAUGGACACCUUACUCAAGGUGACCAGUGUUCAGGACAAGAAAAAGAAAAAACAGAAGAAAAAGUCAGAAGCAGAUUCUUCAUCUGACACAGGUUCCAGCAAUCAGGAUUCAGACAGCGACAGUUCUUCCUCAUCAUCUUCAUCUGACAGCGAUUCAGAUUCCACUAGUUCUUCUUCAUCUUCCUCUUCCUCAUCAUCAUCAUCUUCGUCAUCUUCAUCAUCUUCUAGUUCCUCCUCCUCAUCUUCUUCCUCUUCCUCAUCAGACUCUGGAUCAGACUCAGACAACCACCAGAAGAAGUCCUCUAAUAAAUCUAAACGAAGGAGGAAGAGAAGGAAAAGUCAAUAUUGAGGAUAAACAUGUUAAGCUUGGAGGCUGAGGAUGGAGUGAAAAGUUUAAAAAAUAGAUACAUGGAUACAUAUUCUGUAACAGAAACAUUGCAAGUAAAAGACAUGGUUCAAUGAUGAAUACUGGUGAUACAAGAGUUUGGCAAGCCAUAUUUUAACACAAUAUGUGACUUUAAAAAUAAUGAGUAUUGGAAAUCGAGUUUGAUUUUUAAUUUUGUCCUGAUUGUCACAUGAAAGUCAUUAAAUAUGUAAGACAGAUAUGAAAGUCUGUAUUUAUUGUAUCUAACCUGUGAUAAGUUCAGACAAAAACAGGUGGGAUAAUUACUGGACAAAGGAGAUUAAUAUAUACUUUGUGCAUCUGUGCUUGAGUAUAUGAAUCCAUGAUAAUCUUAUGUACAAGAUAUAUCUUGUGAACCCCUGAACAGAUUUGUUUCAUAUUCACAAUAUAGCAUCAAAGCACCUGAUUAAAUUUUGAUGGUCAUUGGUCAAGGUGAAAUGUCAAAGAUCGCCCUUGACUAUUUUGAUCUGGGGGUAUGGGUAUAUCUUUUGAUGUCUGCUAACUGUUUUUAUUUCUUAAAUUGUUUGGAAAUUCAUAGAUUUAGUUUUUAUUAUAUCGCUUAAAUUCAUUACUCAACUACAACAUGUUGACUGAAGUUUUUCAUUACGAUAACCAAUGAUUCUAUUUACGAACUUUACAUCUGUAUGCAAUGACAUAUUUGUGGAGUUUGUUGACUCAUUUUCAUAGUCAUGGGCAAAUUGGCUCUCAUUUUCACUGAAAAUUAAAUUUCAAAUUGUGUAGGCUUCAUUUUGGGCUUAUAAUACAGAAUUAUGCUUAGAAAACCACAAUUUUUCUGUAUCUAUAACCUUCAGAAAAUAAAUAAUUUGUGUGUGAUUGGUCAAAUGUGGGAGAGGGCAUCCAUCACUUCAGAAGUGCUGAGCAUGUGUGAUUCAUUAGGCUAAAUGAACUGUCUUGUGAUUGGUCAGUUUGAAUGAGAUAUCAUAAAUGUAUGUGAUUGGUCAGUUGAGAUGAGCUGAAUCUAUGUUUGCUGCAUUUGUGUGAUUGUUUAAAUGAGAUGAGGUGAAUGUCUGAUUGGUCAAUUAAGGUGAGGUGAAUGUCUGAUUGGUCAAUUAAGAUGAGGAGAAUGUCUGAUUGGUCAAUUGAUUUAGCUGAAUGGGUGUGAUAGGUUAGUUAUGAUAGUUAUGAUAUUUGUAAUUGGUUUUCUCUAAAUCAUCGCUCUCAUUCACUGUCUAUAGGAACAACUUUUCCAUGUAAGAAAGAUUAGUAACAUUUUAAAUGAAUUUUAUGCUCAUAUUUUUUAAGUUUUAGACAUAAAACAUUUACAUGACUUUUGUUUGUUGUUUCAUAGCUUAUUAAAUGCUUUCAGUUUGGAGUACUUUCAUUUGAAAUAUUUAAAAACUAAAUGACCUUGCAUCAACAUGCUGUGAGGUUCCUGGUUUGUCUUACUUGAUGGCCAUUUGUUUGGACGGGUUGUGUGACUGACAACCUCCCAACUGCCAGUCACUGUGAUAGGAGACUAUCCUAGGUGGUGGUGGUGGUGAAGUAAUGUCACUCAGCUGAUACCUUAUUUCAGAAUACUCCACAGAGCUUUCAUUUCACAAUUUAUGUUGCAGCAAAGAAAUUUAUAUGUAUGUAGCGCUACUUGACUAUCAACUAUCAAUGUGCUAUGAAAUUUAUCCUGAAAUUAAAAUUGUUGUAAACUUGAAAUAAACUGAUUUAUUUUAC